CUACAUAGUAUAAAUGGCAGUAAUACACAAGCUUUAAUCUCAAAUCCUUCACAUAUCAGGUGGAGGCGAUAAAAGGGGAUUUAUCAACCACCUAAACACAAACUUUUGACACCUAGUCAUUUUUGGGGGGCACGGACUCUUUGGAAUAAACUCGGAGUAAUACAGGAAUGAGACCAUACGCAUCAUGGCUGCCACAGAGACAGAACGCAACGACAGCACAAUUCGUACUCGUUCCUACCAAAACGAGAGCUAUCUACACGGGUUUCUUGGAGCUGUAGGAGAUUUACAGAAGGAGAGGGCAUUUCAGGAUGUCGUCUUUGAGGUCGGGAACCAGCAGUUUCCCUGCCAUCGACUUGUUCUGUCUGCGGCCAGCCCCUACUUCAGGGCCAUGUUUACCAGCGGUAUGGUGGAAAGUCGACAGAAGACAGUUGUGUUACAGGGUUUGGAUGCAGGCAUAUUUAAGGAGAUUCUGAGUUACAUCUACUCGGGAACCCUCCAUGUGUCCCUGGACAAAGUGCAGCCCCUGUACCAGGCAGCCGACCUCCUCCAACUGGACUAUGUGAGAGACACCUGCAGCAGCUACAUGGCCAUGAACGUGGAGCGCGCUAACUGUGUAGACCUAUAUAAUUUUGCCGAUGCCUUCUGUAUUGACAUUGUCAUAAGGAAAUGUUUGCAGUGGAUCGAUAGAAACUUUGCUGAGUUUUCCUUUAGCGACGACUUCUUCAGCCUGAGUGUGCAUCAGCUGACUGAGAUCAUCAGCCAUGAUGAGCUGAAUGUUACAGAAGAGAUAACAGUGUGGGAGGCUGUGGUGAGAUGGGUGCAGCACAGCAGGGAGGGCAGACUGCACCACCUACCUAACAUCCUCCCUUACAUCCGCUUCAACCGGCUGACCUCAGACCUCACAAAAGCCAUCUCGGAACAUCCACUAGUCAGGGAGGAUCCAGAGAGUUGUGAUGUCAUCAGGAAUUUGAUACGGAAGAGGAAAUUUAACCCGGUGCCGAGACUUGGUAUAACCAUGGAAAUGGUUCUGCUGUCCAAUGUGGAUGUGGGUUCCAAUGAGAUCCUGUUCAUGAAUCCACAGGAAGGAAAGUACAUCAGCUGUGGGUAUGACGAACUACCUGAUACCUCGCCCCUUACCAGGGCCAUGACAGUCACCAGUGAUAAUGAUAUUUACAUCCUGGAUACUAAGGAAUUAAAGAACAAGAACGUACUGUCCCUGUUUAGGUACUACCAUGCAGAGAAUGUGUGGGAACAUGUAAGUAGGUUCACAAUGUCUAGGGGACCGGGAGAUAGUUUGAAGUCCUGCUACCAGCUCCUGCUUGAAAUGGAUCGGAUUUUGUAUUACAUUAUUGCUGAUCGACAUGGCACUGGAUUGGCGUGGAUGCGAAAGUACAACCAGCACACAGACCGGUGGCAGGAGUGCUCACAGUUGCAACUAGACGAUACUGCAUACUUCUUUUCGGUAGUGUCUUGCGGGCCACACUUAUAUUUCCUCACAAGCACGGAAGUGCAUCGCUACAACCCAGGCCAGGACCAGUGGAUGAAGCGCACCCCACCGAUCAUCAUGGAUGAAGUCUGCACAGCCGUUGCCAUAGGAACCGAGGUUUUCUGCACAGAUCAUGACUUCACUAAGACAAUGUUGUAUGACACAAAGUCCGACUGUUGGCAGAAACUACAAGGCUGGCCAAGGUCGCUGUUCCCAAGUCACAACGUGAUGGAUCUUUAUCUCAGUCUUUUCGCACUGGAUAACCAGCUGCACAUACUGUUGUCUUACAAUAGCGACUUCGAGAAAGAGGAAGACCAUUAUCUUGUAUAUGUGUAUGACAGGGCUGCUGGUGCCUGGCAAGAUUUAAAGAGCACCUUACCUGGUAAGACUUACAUAGUACAAGCUUCUCAUUGCUCUGUGGCACGCAUUUCUCUGCCAUAUCUUAAAGGGGAAUAAAAGCGCAGCACUCCUUGCGCUUUUCGGCAUUAAGCAGACUUUUGAUAUCAACUGCUGUAUGGUGAUGCGACUAUUGUUUACAGGUGACCAAUAGCACAGCUUUUUUUUAUCAUAGGGGGAGGAUAUCAAUACAGUAUGAUUAUGUUAUUUAUCAGGUUCCCAAACGAAGCAGACAGGAUUUUUUUUACUCACGCGUUUUACUGGUAUUCUGUCUUUUCGGAAAUUUUUGCCAUCCUGGUAUUGCAAUAGGAUUUAAAAUCUUAUAUUAAUGCUUUCUUAUUUGUAUGCAUAUUGGCAUAUUUUAUUAUAACCUGCACUACUAUAUUGAUGUUAAAUCUUACAAUCAUUAAACGGGCCAGAUAUCAUUCUAGUUUUUUCCGGUCUCCCAUACUGCCCUCAAUCAGCUCACGAUCUAGUUUUUAUUAAGUAUGGAGUAAAGAAGACAUGGAUAAGUACCUAAUAUGACACACAAGCUAAGAUAUAUACUCUUGUACAUGUGUUUAUUACUCUGCAGGUAUGAUUUUUUUUUUUGCUAAAAAACGCCAACUGCGAAACUAUAUGCCUGCAAUUUGAUUUACAUUCAGUGUAGAUUUCCUGCAGUUUGAAUACUUUCGCAUUUGUUGAUCACUUUAUAUGUUACUCUGAGCAUUGUUGCAUUUCUAGCAGCUAUCUACUGAUCAGACAAUUUUAGACUCUAUAGAGCCAUGGAAAGUGGCAGUUUGUGGCACAUAUUCUUCAUCUUAGAACACUGAAAGUAGGUGUCACACGAUCUGUAUGCUAUGUCAUGUUACGUAGAUAAAACAAGCGAAAUGUUGUUAUGUAAAUGCAAGUAGAUUAUGUUGGUUGAUAUGUUACUGUACCAAAGUGUAUUGUGUGUAUUAUGUUGAGUC